GCCAGGUGAACAGCAUUGCCUCCAAUCAGACUCACAACCUGCAGCAGAGCGUUACAGCUCCUACAUGACUCAUUUGUUUGACAAGGGAAACACAUGGAUCGACAAAACUGCUGCAGCUUAUUGUAAAAGUCAUUCAUACAAACCAAGGAGGAAGCUGUCCAUCAUGUUAGACACUUUUCCUUUCUGCUCGAGACUCCUCUCUGUCCUUGUGCUGGUCUGUGCAGCUGUCAUGUCAUUUAUCAUGAGUUCAGAUGCUGCAAGAGUCAGUCCCAUAACAGUCCAAGUGGAAAAUGGAGUGAAGCACAUCACCCUGAGAUCGCUGUAUACUCCAUACAGCCAGAAUAAUCUCCUCUCUACUGGUCCGCUGUCAACAGAAACUGGACUUCCAACUGCAUCUAAAAGUGAAACUGGGACAAGCUGGAAACUUUCCGAUAAAGGGCCUUUGUCAAUCAUUGACCAUCAAUCAAAACCUCUGCUGCUUACCGAAAGUAGCUUCAGUUACAAUCGAAACCUCCCACACAACAAACAGUCCCAAGCAAGAAUAACUGGAUUGCAGAGAGGUCAUAACACGGGAGAUGUAAGGCCAGCAAGCAGCAUUUUCACUAGUCACUCUCAGCACAGAGGGCAAAGCUCCAGAGUAAACUACCACCCCCUCUCUCAUAAAGUAGUCCAAACUGGAAGUCCUUAUCAUUUAUCCCCAGCUAUAAUCCGAAAAUCAGCUCACAUAGAAGCUGCUGGCCCCUUUCAUCAGCGCUCUAGUCUUCUGCAAAGUUGGGACCCCAAAGAUGCUCAGAAGUCCUAUGAUGAAGGAAAAGUCAUCAGAAGUGACUCCCCAAGGGCGGCUGGUGAAGAUAAAACUGUUUGGCAGUCCUCUGAAUCUUCUCUUUUUUCAUCCCAGACUGGUAGAUAUCGGAGUGGUUCACUGCCAACUUCAAGAGGGCAUUACGGUGGCUAUAAAGAGACAAAUGAGCGUGCUGUGGCCGGAGCGUGGAGUGGUGGCAUUCAAUCAAGCAAAUUUCACAGCUUUGCAACUCAAACUGCCCCUCGUGCACCAUCAGUCAGCAAAAGCUUAGACACCCCUGUUAUUAAACGCAACCCUAGCCCAGAAAAACUGCCAUCAUCUGUCACAGAUUUCUCCCAGGGUUUGUACUCUAUAAGUAGCAGUGAGACACCAAGACACAAAAAGGUUCAGUCAUAUCUCUUCAAGGACUCCCAGGCCUCCAUUGUUGGACGUGAGACAGUUAAUACAGUCACGGAAGAAACUGCAAGUGGACUGAUCAGUUCUUCCGCAACAUCAAAUACUCAAAGGGAUGUAAGAGUUUACAGCAGGCUUCCUUCAAAUUUUAAACAGCAAUCACACAGGAAAGAUCCAAAUAAGGAAGAACAGCACUUCUCUGAUAACACCAACACCAAAGUCGCCCAGUAUGGUGGUCAGACAGAUAGUUUUACCAAAUAUCAACCCAUCUCUAGCAUUUAUUUGCCGCUGCACACCACAGCUCAAACUCCUGCUCGUGGACCAUUGACCAUGGAAAGUUUUGUCCCUGUGCCUCUUGAAGAUUUCCAGGAUAACUACGCCACUGGCAGCGAGAAAUCUGUAGUAAGCAGCUUGGUUAAUAUGACCGCCCGAGGGUCUGCACAUGGUUACAAACCUGGACGAUCCACAAAAAGCAUCUAUGGUUUCAGAGGGUUUAAAAAGAUAGAUAAAAAGAUUCUCUCCAGCAGCGGCACUGAUGGAAAAGCUGACUCUCAACGAUACAGCUUUGAUAAAGGAAAGGACUAUACAGUUAAAAUUACAAAUAUAUAUCCCUCUUUGUCACAGAAAUAUAGCUUUGGCCAGAGAAGAACAUCCAGCAUGACUACAACACCAAAUCCAGCAAAAACCGAGAGGACAACCACAGAGUUUUCUGGGCCUGGAAACACCUCACCUUCUCCAAGCAGGUUGGAUGUUCUCCAAACAACAACUGUUUCGACACCAACACUGUUCACAUCAGGAUUCAGUGAAGUCUGGCCUCUGGUGCCUGAGAGCAAUGCUGGUAUGGACAGCAACCCAGAUCGCAGACAAUUCAGAGGCUACAAAAGGGUAUAUGGUCUGAAAGGAUUUGGCACUCGACCACUUAGCACUACCACUUUUAAUCAGGUAGAGGGUGCCAAACCUUCAGUCAGAGAAUCAGACAAGUCUGCAGUUCUUCCGGGUUUUGAAGAUUUUAAGCUUAGCAAUGCACAGAUGUGGCAACGCAGCAGGAUUCACAGAUGGCACAAUCAAACAGUUGAAAGCGAUGUGACAGCUACACACAGAGGAAAUGAGCUCAGCGGGGAAGACCUUAAACCACUUCUAAAGACAUCAGGAAGCACUGAAUCAGCCCCCAGAUUUACGCCUGACAAAUACAAGAAAAACCACAAAAUCUAUACUUUUCAGGGAUUUCAGUCCAUUCAAAACCGAAUUGGAAAUGCACAUAACAAACCACAGUGGAACCACCAGACAAAGCAAAAUCCAACACCCAGAGUCUCCUCAGCUUAUCUCAGAUCAGCAGGGGACCCUAUGAAACCUGUUGCAAUAAAGACGAGCCUCCUCAACAGUUCAACCAGCAGCACUGUGAGAGGCAAACGUGUGAAGGGAAAACACACCAAUGGCAAAAAGCUGAACGACUCUACAUCUCUGACCAAUGACACUGGAUAUGUAGCUAUAGUCAGGCUGCCCAAGCGGCCUGCCAGGGUCAAAGCUGUCACAUAUGCUGAUAUUCUUGGAAGCGCUUCAUUCAGCGGUGUCAGAGCUACAACGCAGACGCCUAUCACAGCAGCUGAUAAGGACUUUUUUCCAUACACUACAGCUGCAACCAAGCAAAAAGGAGGUACAUUAAGUGAUGACAGACUGUGGGCGGUUGAUGAAUCCAUGGCAGAAAAAGAUCAGACGAACUCUGAGGGUUCUGUGCAUAGCAGGGAAAACACCAAAGCACCUGCUGAAGGUGAGGUAGAAGAUUUCAGCAGUGUUGAGGAAAGCAAGUUAGGUGUUCGAAAAAAAGUUGACAGUGAAGUGAAAACAUCUAAUUUAUUCCUGGAUACUGAGGGAAGUGGAAGUGCAGCUUUUGAUCUGUCUGAUAUUUUGUCAACUGCUUCUACAGGAAGUCAGGCACUCGAUGAAGAUCUGUUAGAACUAGAUUAUCUACGAAUUUCUACAGGGAACAUCUCCUUCAAGUCGAUGAAACUGUCUCGUUCAGAUAAAUGAAAGGAAAAAACAGAGGUGUUGUAUUAUUAUGUGCAAGAAGAACAUUUCCAAUAAAGGCUGGAUAAGA